CAGGCUCACAUUUGUUGCUAGGCAGAUUUCAUUACUGACCCAAUUGAGAAAAAAAAUUGGUCAUACAUCAACCUAACCCAUUUGUUUGCGGGCAGAUUUCAUAGCGCCUCAAGGCCGAUUUUAAAGAAAUCAAAUACAAGCCAUGCCUUUUUUCCCCAUAUACUAACUAUGCCCACUUGUUGCUCGGUGGAAUUAACAGGGUUCAAUCACAACUGACUUAAAGGUCAAUGGAUAAAUUGUCAUGAACCCCCGUCACCCAUUUUUAGGGUUUACUCAUAACUACCCCAUGGUUGUGAUGUGCGAAUUGAUACUGAUACCCCCAAUACUAGAUCUUUAUGCUCUAAUGGCGUUUCUCAAAUCAAAAUACCGAUAACUUUGCAACUUCAGUUAUCUUAGAUAAUGUAUAUCAUUAACAGGAACACAGUGUAAAGUAACUAAAUCAUUGAUAUCUGGUGUAAUUGAAGCCCAAUUGGUGGAAACUACGUUUUUUUCCCCGCUUCGGUAUGUACGUAAUACGCAAUGGCAGCAGCACGCUGUGCUUCCAUCAUUCAGUCUGUCAUUUGUUUAAGAAAUUUACUGGCAAUUGAAAUGAGUCGCUCAGUAUUAUAAACGGCAAGUGUAUGUAUUCUUUUAUUGUAGGCUAUUAAGAGACACCCCAUACAGAGUUAAAUAUAAAUACAAUAACGUAUUCAGUGCAGAAGUAUAUGUUUAGUUUGAAGAUACCGGUAAUUCCCAAAGAGCAGCAACACUUGAGAUGUACUACUUUUUAAAUUUUAUCAAACACAUUAGAUAUAUUUGCACAGAAAGAAAAUCAGUGGUAUUGCACAUCACUACCCCAUGGGCUAAUAAAAAAACUGAGCCUAUGCCAGCGACGCCUACAUAAAUGCACCAAGAAAUUUAGUCCCAAUGAGAGGAAUAUAAACAUUACGGAUUUCCAAAAUAUAAUUAUUACUCUGUAUUAAACAUAAAAAUGUACGGUGAGUCGAUACAGGAGGAGGAUUUGCACUUUUCUAAUAGCUUUUUGCCAGCUCCUUUGCAUAAAGCAGUUUAGAAUCUGGAAUGCACUUGCACUCAUGCGAAUAAUGUCUGUUGACAACAUACAUGACCCCCUUCUGCGGGAACCUAAGUUGUUUUUACAGCCCCUCCUCCGCCUCCUCCCAACACUACAUCCUUCAAAGCCUCCACAAAUGCCAUGAAGCCCAAAGGUGUUCCAUGGAGGUCGCUACUGCCCAGAGAUGCAGAAGCAACACCGUACCAGCGACAUGUGGACUGCUGUGAGGAGGACCGUGAUUCUGAUGAGUCCACCGUGAAUUGCACUGAGACGCCAGGAUUGGGUUUCAAGACAGGACGUUACCAGCCUCUCAUUGACCAAGAGAAGAAGAAAAAGAAAGAAAAGUACAAAAAAGUCAGAAAGAAUGUUGGAAAGGCACUGCGCACCACAUGGAAGUGCUUCAUGCUGGGCUUGCACAAUUUUGCACAGGCCUACUCAACUCCCAUCACAUUGGCUGCGACCUUUCAACCAAGGACGAAAUAGAACUUGAAGGCCUCUGCUCCACUUCCUUCUGUCAUGUAAUUUAAUACAGUAACUUAAAAUGUAUAUAUUCUUAUUUUUUCAAAUCAAUCUUUCCUUGAAAAAGAAGAACAAUUUUGGCAUAUAAUUGUUUCAACAAGGAGCCAGUUAUCAAUACAAUGUGAAGGGAAAGGGGCCGCAAUUAAUUAGGAGACCAAAAUGUAAUGACAACAGUGCCAUUGUUGUCUUUACAUUUGCAAGUCAUACAUGAAUAUAUUAAUAAAGUGUGCAUUAAACCUAUGUACCUUUC